AUGUAUGAAGGUCUCUGGAUGAACUGUGUGAAGCAGAGCACUGGACAGCUGCAGUGCAAAGCGUACGACUCCUUGCAGGUGUUACCCUCUGACCUUCAGGCCGGCCGGCCCAUGACCGUCAUCAGCUGCAUCCUCUGUGGGCUCAGCCUCCUCGUCCUGCUCUUUGGUGCCGACUUCACCACAUGUGUUCAGAACGAAGAGGCCAAGCCCAAACUCAGCCUGAUGGCCGCAGUGGGCCUGCUGCUGGCCGGCCUGCUGGUGAUCAUCCCGGUCAGCUGGUCGGCACACAACACUGACACACACGACCAAAUGUACCCGACUUCCGAGAAGAGAGAACUGGGAGUGUGCAUCUAUAUCGGCUGGGCAGCUGGUGUGAUACUGAUCCUGGCUGGAGGUCUGCUCUGCUGCUUCAGCAGAUCCAGAUCCAACAGCUCUGGAGGAACCGCCACCUACUACAGCAACAGCGCUUCAGCUGCAUACGACGACGUCAUGUAGAGGCUGGAUGGAAGGGACUGGGGUCCAAUAGACAGGGAGACAAGAGGGUUUAACUUAAUGUGAACUGUUGGUGCUGGGAGGCAUGUACUCUUUAUUUUCUACUUUUUUCAAUUUUGUAACAACAGGCAUGUUUGUAAAAGGAAUAAAGCAUCUAAAAA